UGGUUUUAACAUUUUUAGUUACAUUCUUUGAGUCAUUGACGCAAUAACGCUAAAUAUGCAAUCGAAGCAACAGUCUCUAUCUACACACCCUGGGAGGCAUACAUAGUUCAUCAGGUAAACCUUGAGAAAAUCAUACGCUGUUAAAAUGUGGAUGCUCUUCUUCUUCUUCGCUUUGAUACAAGUUUCACAGCAGGUAAACAAUCCUUUGCCGUCUUGUCAACUUCAAAUAGACAGUUGUCAGUACAAAUUUACACUGACUGAGAGCUUUGGCGAAGGAUGCAAAGAAAACAGUCAAGAAAACUACUUCAAGAAAUCAGAAAAUGACAGGAUUGGAAGUCGAAAAAAAAGGUCUACAGCUAGCAUAGAAACACACAAUGUUUCCGUUGAACUUCACAAAAUCAGACGGCGCUUAAUAAGAGUUCAAAGCAACCUGGUGAAAUCUAUGGGAGAUUUGUCCAAACGUCUCCACAGAGGGUUGCGCAGACUUGAGGACAAACUUGAUAAUCUUGACGGUCAAGAUCAGUCUAAGCUAGAUGCCGAGGGUCGCGAUGGUGGACUCAGAUGUCCGCAUGGAUUUGAGUUUGUUAAGAGCUGGGACUCCUGUUACAUGCUGUCCAACUUUAACGCGACCUGGUACGAGGCUCGCGACUACUGUGCCGCCCUGGAGAGUGAACUCGUCAGCCUCAAAAAUGAGAAGGAACACAAUCUGCUGGCUUUUAUCAUCAAAAACUCACCAGUGUACCAAAAGGUGAACGGAUGGUGGAUGAGCGGAACGUUCCACGACACCACACGUCAGUGGAUGUGGAAAUCGGAGAUUCUGAUGCAGCCUUUUGCGUUUAUAAAAUGGGCACCAGACGAGCCUAACGAGGAGUCCCUGCAGUGUGUUUUUAUGGCACGCGAUUCCAAUCAUCUGUGGCAUGAUGCCAUGUGUACAGAAUCCAAAAACUUCAUGUGUGAGAUCCCUAGACGUAAACCUUAGGAAACAUUUCAAUAGGGAGGGAUACUACUCCUGGACCAAGUUUCAUGAACAUUCCUUAAAUUUUAGAAAUUCCUUACUUCAACUUUUCCAUAUUUGAGGCAAGGACAAACUAAAUUUAAAGAGAUUUUCCUUCAAUUUCAACAAUGCUUUCCUAUCAAAAUGGAAAAUCUCAAGAUACUGAAAGAUUUUCCUUAACAAACAUUCAUGACCCCGGAGCCAGGAAGUAAAACACAUUCCUGGCACUGCUUUGUUUAACAGUCCUUUCUAAUGUUUAUAUAAACAUGAACAGAAUAUAGAAACCAUGUGAUUUUUCAUGACAUUAUGAUGUACGAUGAAUGUAGUAACACUGCAACAAAAGUAAAGAUAUUUUACAG